UUUGAGGGCAAAACCAAAACCAAAACCAAAACCAAAAGAAAGGAACCAUCCGGAGGAAGAAAUCGCCAUGGUAGCUGCAUCAGUCAACCUCGCAAACAUGACAUGGACGUCUCUGAAUUCAAAUCCAGCACUCUCUUUCUCCAUGUUAAGGGGAAUUAAAAACUUCGGCAUAGUACCUUUCAGGAGAUGUUUGAAGCCGGCUGUUAUCGGAGUCGCGUCGUGGCCACCACAACGUUGUUCUUCUGUUAGGGCCAUGUCGUCAUCGUCUUCCCCAUUGGAGGAGACUGUUAAAACGACUGUGGCAGAGAACCCUGUCGUUGUUUACUCCAAAUCCUGGUGCUCAUACUCGUCUGAAGUGAAGUCGUUGUUCAAGAGUCUUCAAGUUGAGCCACUGGUUGUUGAAUUGGAUGAACUUGGUUCAGAGGGGUCACAGCUGCAGAAUGUGUUGGAGAAACUUACUGGACAAUACACUGUUCCCAAUGUUUUCAUCGGAGGCAAGCACAUUGGUGGCUGCUCAGAUACUUUGCAGCUGUACAAUAAAGGAGAGCUGGAGGCAAUUUUAGCUGAAGCCAAUGGGAAAACAGGUCAGAGCUAGAGAGAUUUAGAGAUUGAACUGUUUGGAGAUUUCUUCAUGUUUCCUUUUUGUUUGAUCAGAACCUCUGAAUAAAUGAUUGAAUACGUAAUGAUUUGGUGUUUGAAUUUAUUUGUCUAUAUAGAGAUUUUCAAUAAGAAUCUAUUUUGUUUCUA